AUGCAAACGAGAUCUCAAAGAAUGAUGAAUGAGCCCAAUGAACAAUCCACUGGGGAUACAAGAAGCAAUGGUCCUCAAGACGCUCGGACUAUUGAUGAGUCUUCCCCUCAGGUGGAACGCGCGCACUCUGGUGCGAACGAAGAUUCCUCGUCGGAUGAUGAACUGUACAGUGAUAAUGGAAUUUCGCUGAGCAGUGAAGACGAAGAUAUCAGUGACUACGUCAGUGACCAAGAAACUGAUGUUCGGUCAUCCAUGGAAUCUCAUCGAAGAAGAAGACGCCAAGAAUCCUUUUCCGAAUCGGACUCUGACGAAGACCAGUCUCUCUAUUAUCCAAACGCAAAACGUCGGCGGGUUGAGGAAGAGUACUUGUCCGACUCCAGACAAGAACGGAUUAUGAGUAACGUUGUCAGUUGUCUUGACAAGGGUUGGCGUCCGCUUGACGAGAAGCAGAAUCGCUUGAAUGAAACCGAUGUCUUGAAAUUACUUGAGCAAUUUAAUCGUGCUUGGAAGUUUCGGGAGUCAAUGGAUUCUGCCUUCAAGAAAGUCCUGUAUGGACACCAGGUUGUGAUUUCAAAGACCCGAGCUAACAUUUUCGCGGCUGCGAUGGAAGAUGUUCUUGGCCUUGACAAAGCCAAAGGUUGGGCUACUAGCGUCUUCGCGAAACGCUUAUAUAAGUGUCGGACGUUAGAGCAGUUCCAACAAGCCUUGUGGGGUUGUGAGUUAAUUCACCCUGGGGCUUUAAUGGCUAAAAUGUAUGCUUGGUGUCAUCCUGGGUUACUCCCUCCAAAGUUGUUAAAGGAAGCAUCCUUGGAGUCCUUCUGGUUGGACACAGUCCAAUUGCCUUUCUGUGGCAGCAAUGGUGACCUUACGUUACUCUGCAUUGUCAAGGGGUACAAGUGGCAUGUUGCUCUCAAGUAUGGGAAGAUUAUGAUUAAGAUUCUCAUGAAACGCAAUCCUAACUGGUGGAAGUUGCCAGCCCCGCACUAUGACAUGCUGAAGUUCAAGGAAUGGUGUGCUGCUAGAUCGGAAUUGGAGCCUGAACCAUUUGAUUACCUGUCUGUAUCGGCCGGCUCAGGUCAGCUGACCUCGAAUGUUCCGCCUUCGUCGGUGGACCCUAAGGCCUUGGAGCUAAUGCAAAUGAUAUUCAAAGGCUCAAAGAAGUUCCAGAAGAAAGGUAACAGGAAGAAGACGCAAAACACCAAUCAGUUGACGACUGGUGGACAAGGUACGAGAAGAGACUAUAGCAAGUACAUAUGCCAUGCUUGUGGGGAGAAAGGGCAUUUGGCCAAGUUCUGCCCUCAGAAGGAUGAGCAAAAAAACGCCUAA